AUGAAUUCGACAAGCAACGAGGCAUCCACCGACGCGUCAACCGAGAAAAUCUUCUACACUUUAUUUGUCUGUUUUGGCUUGCCGAUGAAUAUUUCUACAUUUUUCUAUAUGAUGAAAAGAUAUAAACACGCUCGAAGUUUCCUUCUUCUCCUACACAUCAAUCUCAAUUUGACGGAUAUUUUGGUACUCGGCCCAUCUCUGAUCGGCAAGCUUGGAUGGUUGAUCACUGAGGACUGGCUGGCCGGAGAUUUGAUGUGUCGGCUCAUGAGAUUCGUCGAUAUGUUCGCUUUCAUGGCCAGUUCAAACAUCAUGGUCUGCAUUGCGCUGUAUCGACUCUAUGCAUUGAGAUAUCCCCUUUGGGUGUCAGCCGUUGGUCAUUCCCGUGUUCCGCGGAUGCUCUUCAGUGCUUGGGUCAUUGCCGCGAUGACUUCACUUCCACAGCUUUUCCUUUGGCAAGAAGCGAUGAUCGGCGGACGACCGAAUUGCGUAAACACGUGGAUGGUCGAUUUCUCGCCAGAGACUUUUUGGAACGAUGGGGCUAAUAAAAUGUUGAUCUACGUAGUCGCUUCAUCAAUCGUCGUUUUCUACAUCCCGUGCGCAAUUUUGGUCAUUUGCUAUGUGUUGAUCUUGAAGGACAUCUAUGCAACGCUGACAUACGACUCUGACGCCUCGUCCGUCCUCUACAUCGCCGAGUUGACUCGUUUAUCAUCGUGUGGAAGAAGUAGCAAAGAAAAGCAACAACUGCAACAACAACAAAUUCAAGGGAAUGCUGUUGCUUUACAUCCACAACAGAGCUCACUUCGAGGACAAGAUCGAUUCCAGCGGGCAAAGAUUCGCUCUCUUCGCAUCACUCUCUUCUUGAUUCUAUGCUAUGUGGUCACCUGGUUGCCGUACAAUAUGCUUAUCUGGGUGAUGGUUUACGAUCUGAGCUACUACAUGAUGACUCUUGAAUCAAAGCUUUACUUCUUGAAUUGUUUGGUUUAUUUCAAUUCUGUCAUCAAUCCGUUCAUUUAUGGAAGAUGCCAAGGCCUGAAAAUGCUGUGGCGUUGGCGGAACACCACUGGACAGAAAAAGUCGAAACAUUUAUGUUGGAUCUUGCAGCAU